AGUGGCUUGCUGAGCGCAAGAAGUGUGUUGACUUAAUCAUUAUACAACCGGCUUUCGCUCAAGAAACAGUUAGUUUGUGUUCAGUCUCCGUUUGGUUUACUACAUCCUUAGCUCUAUCAAUUAAACAUUCAACCGGGAUACAUUCAAGGAUAGUAAACCAACUAAAUCACCUCCAAGUUAGGAACCAGACCAUCUUCCGCUAGCGAAUUAUCACUUCCAUUUUAGGAGAUUAAAACCAUCAAGAUGCUACCUGGGCAAAAAGACACAACUUUUACAAAAAUUUUCGUAGGUGGGCUACCUUUUAACACAUCAGACGAUACUCUGAAAAACUUUUUCAAACCAUUUGGAGAGAUAGAAGAAGCAGUGGUAAUAACAGACAGAGCGACGGGAAAGAGCAAAGGAUAUGGAUUUGUUACAAUGUCAACUAAAGAAUCGGCGGCGGCUGCUUGUAAAGAUCCAAACCCAAUAAUAGAUGGGAGAAAAGCAAAUGUAAACCUCGCAUUUCUGGGAGCCAAGCCAAGGAACAAUCCCACAACAGCGAAUGCAUACCCGAGAACGUUUCAGUCACCAGUACUUGUUCAGUCACCAUAUGGGACUUUGCAAUCACCGUCAUCGCAGUAUAUAUACUAUCAUCCAGCACUGAUCUCACAGUCUGGUUUUCCAUACCAACAACCAGCCAGCCCUACUGCAACCCAGCCUUUUGUUGAAUACCCCGGAGCAUAUCAGACGACACAACAUUACAACACAGCUGCAGCUUAUGAACAGUUUGCAUAUGCAACCCAAGGGUAUGUGACCCCAGGCUACGGGUAUGCAACUGUCCCGCAACAACCUGUAACGUCAGUCCAGCCAUAUCAAGCCAACCAGCAAGUACAACCAGAGAGAAUUCCAUAGAGGGCUUGAAAAUGAAUCCGUUGUUUAAAUUUUAUUCUGAAUGUUUCAUCAUCACCAUCAUCAUCGUCGCGAUGAGAUGAUCUUCAGGUAGUCAAGACAGCUGAUGCAGAAUUAAACACAAAAGAUAUAGAUUUUUAAAAAUAGAAUAUGAUUAAUUUUUAGGAUGUACCUUGGUAUUUUGUUACAAAGUUAUAUGGUAUAUGGUAAAAAUAAUGUCAUCAGCUGGAUUUAGGAUAUUCCAAUUACCUGCAGGCUGGAACCAACCAUUCCAUUAGAGGAGUCCAUCCCAUUGAGAAAGGCAAUAUCAGUAAGUGAGAAAUAAUUGGGGGUUUUUUUUUUUAAGCAUAUCACCAAGUACUAUAUAAGCCGUGAUACAUAUUACUGUCUGUUAAAGUGUAAAACUGUUGGGAUAGAUUUUAUAACAAAACAGUAAACUUGCUUACAAAAAGGAAUAACUCCUUCAUAUACAGUUUUUAUGUUUAUGACACAAUUUAAUAUUUAUACAAUUUUAUGAUUUGGAAUAUAUAUUUUCUGAAUAUGUGUUUCUUUAUCUGUGUCUGAACUCUCUUUGGUUGAGCUGGGAAAUCCUGUCAGACUGGAAUAAUUUAAUUGUUUCAAUUUGUUAACAAUUUUGUAACAUUGUACAAAACAUUUCAGCAAUAGCUUUUUUUUUAUUUAUUUAUUUGUUAGUUACUUCCAAUUGUUGGUAUACCAGCUGUUUUUUGAGUAUGUAAUCGCCAUAGCAGCAGAUCCUUAAAAUUGUUGCCAAUUCCCAUUCAGCUCUUGCUAUGGAAACUAUAAGCCGACAUACUUGCAUGGUACAUGGGGUAAUCUUUGUUAUGAUUUUAAUUUUGUACUGUAUAUUUGUUCCUAGUUGGCCAAUUAUUACUUGUACUUUAUAUUUAUUACUGAGAAAAACAAUAAAUAUCGGGAUACAACAUUGCCAUGUUUACACACAUGUAACUUAGCAACAUGAAUAAUUAUGUUCAUUGUUUUUAAAUAUUGCCUAAGUACAUGCCUAAGUAUAUGGCUGAAUAUAUAUUUUUGCUAAUAUGUUCUUGCUAUAAACGUCUAACCAGUAGGUUAAUUACAAAUACAACUAGAUUAAUUUAGUUUUUUUUAUUCUUAGUGAAGACAUAAAAAAUAUUAAUGAGAAGAAUAAUGAUAUUCUAGUUGGAUAUGUAUUGCCUCUGAUAAAGAUAAUUAUUAUCAUAGCUAUUUAAAAAAAUAUUGAAUAGUAUUAGUAAUUAAAUGUUUUAACAGUUUAUAUUAAGUUAAGUUAUGUCUAUUUUAGAAUAACAUUUUUGAGUCAAAGAAAUUGACAGUAACAUAACAUGAAAUAUUCAAUUUCAAUAUAAUUUCAAUGUGGUGUAAGCUGUGGGUUAGAGGGCACCUUUCAUGUAGUUGUUACCUAGCGACAGUUGAAUGUCAUUCUGUUAGUAUUUUUCUCCGAUGGAUUAUAAUAAUCAAUGUGAUGUUUAAUGUAUUAUGUGUUGGCUAUUUUUAGUUGUAUAAAAAUGUAGGCUAAUUGAUAUGUUUAACCACGGAGGCGUUGUUUCAGCAUCACUGUUUUUUAACCGGAGCCACUGUGGCACUGUUAGAUUGGUAAAAGUGCAAAGCAAGUAAUCGAUUUAUAUCUCACUCACUAUGUACUUUCAUUUUAUUUUGAUAUAAUAUUUAGAUUUGUUUCAAUCAGUCCACUUUAACUUUCUGAAAUGUUUAUUUGUUAAAUUUUCUCAAAAAAUUGGUAAUAAUUUCUAAGCCUCAUUGCUGCCAAAUCCUAGGGUGUUUUUGUUUAUUUUUUAUUAAAUUCAUCGGGGUUUUUGUUAGUGUUAUGUAUCAGUGUUUAGUUAAUGUUUAGAGAUGUUUUAACAUAUGUUGAACUACAUGUUUUUUCUGGAAAGUAAGGGUUUCGUGGUGAUCUUAGUAAUGGACUAAGUCUACCAUCUGUAUACAGCAUCCUAUGUAAAAAUGACUAUUGUCGCAUCUGUAUACAAAUCUUCCAGUAAAGCGUUAAUGUAAUAUUAUACAUCAUUAUAAGUUAUUUAAAUCAUAAGCGGUCAUAGUAAACAAUUCUAGAACUUGAGAAUAAAUGCAUGUGAAAUAGUCCGAAUUGUCACUAAGCUCAAAAUCAUAUUUAAAAAUACUAGACUCAAAUUUAUGCAAAUUGAGGUUUAUUUUUAAAACAGUUCUAGAACUGAAAUUUUGUUGUUAUAUCGGAUGGUUAUUGAUCGCAAUUAAUACCAGGGUGCCUUUGUAAUGAAGAGCCUUGACCGCUAUGUUUAGCGCCCUCACAUCAAACCGUCCAUGUUUAUAUUAAGUGUAAAUUAAGUAGCUGUUUACAUAUGCAAUGACAUAGCAAUUUCAUAUAAUUAUAAAACAAAGUUUUAAUUAGAAGAGCUUUUAACUCUAUGCAUUCAUACAUAUCUACGUAGAAUGAAAAGGGUGAUGGUUGGUGGUCGUUUUUAUUUAUUUUUUGUUUUUAGCGUACAGGCGUACUUAGAUACGGUACUUUAGAAGGGAAACUUACAAUUUGAUAUAAUUAUAUAUAUAUAUAUGAGUACACAGCUAGUGGGAGAGGACAUCUGAUGUGAGCUGUUGGAAGAGAAGGUAGUUGUCAUUUUUGUUGUUGUAAUGGUCAGUCGUUAUUAUCUUGAAAGCAUUUACAGACCUUGGUUCAGCCUGGUUUUCCGACAGCUCACUACCGGAUUUAUUUCAACAGUUACGCCAAAGAGGAUAACUAGAUAUUCGUUGAUUAACGCACGGUACGAGCGUAUCAUUUUAAUAUUGCAAUACCUUAUUAUUACUUUUUAGAAAGUUAUUGUAGAAAGUCACGGGACGAUCAGUGAUGUCAAAUUAAGUUCUCACUGGAGUCACAAGAUGUAUCACGAUGCACUUCCGUUGUUAAGUAUCACGUCUAUCUAUUAGUGUAGUAUAUAAGUGCAAACGUAAUUUGAGUAGAGAAGCAGAAAAAAGGCAUGUUUACUUCACGCUCUAUGCGAUGAACGUAAUGCACACCAAGAUACCGAUCGGUAGAGCGUCAGUCUAGUAAGAUAACCCUGUGGUUGAUCGUCACCUCGGCGCGACUUUGUCAUUUAUGGCGUCAUCGAUUAUUUCUAACGCGAGCUCGGAUUGGUCAGAAGUAUAAGUCUCGAAUCAGCCAAUCCAAGGUUUACUCGUAAAACGUUUCAAAUAUUGAAUGUUAUUAUGUAUGGGUUGUUUCAGUCAGAUGUUGUUCAUUUUUCCUUGUGAAAAAUUUACUUAAUAAUUCUCGGAUUGUACGUUCGAAAUGUUGUUUUAAUAACCUUAUAGAGCCAGCUACCUCAUGGAUUGGCCAUUUAUAAGAAAUAUUGACCUGUUUGUCUAUAGUUGUACGUAGAGUCAGUGACGAGAAUGUUCGCGUGAAUGUUACAAGGAGGUGACAAGCUUCAAACCAUUUGGCCUUGACGUAGAGAUCGUCACGUACUAACGUACGUAGACAUGUUAAAUAUUCAAAUAAAAUGUAAAAAAUAUAACAUAGUUCAAACUGCAAGAACUUUAGAACUGUAACAUAAUAAUAAUAUCAUAAGUUAGAUGAUGAUAGAAGUAGAUUUUAAGAUUUUUUUUUUCUUUUCUUUCACAAUAUUUAAGCUAUUAAAGGUAGAUAGCGUGGAAGAAUGUAGAAUGUUCACGCUGACUAAACGUUUUUAUAUUCAUUCGAGGGAUCUUUCUAUCAUGUUGUAAACAAUGCUCUCGAUGUAUUGUAAUCCGGUAAUCUGGUAGGCCUAGCUGCUUAAAACAGCGGAUGCCUGGACUGAUCACCGAUGAAGGAGUAGAUAUAGCUGCUCAGAUCGAUCUAAUUGUACAGAAAUUUAAAUGACCAAUAAACGGUCUCUACAAGUUA